ACAGCUAAAUAAGCCAACCACCAGCAAACUCCUCACUGUUCCGAAGUGGGGAUUUGAAGAUUGCAGCCUCACAUUUGUAAUCAGAUGUAGGAGGGGAUUAUCUCAAGGUCUCCAUCUUGUGCACGGCUGGGGGGUUGGAAAGAGAGGAGGGAAGGAAGAGGAGGUUACGGAGGAGACGGGAGAGCGGAUAUGGUGAGCAGAGUAUUCUUGAGGAGAGAAUGAGAGGAGGUCACCUGUAGAUGUGAGGAGGAGGGCGAGGGUUCCUCAGGAAGCAGUGCCCGCUCCCAGCCCCUGACCGAGGGAAAGAGGAAGACACAACCUCAAACCAUCAGCUUAUUGGAAAAGGUCUUCCAUGGCAGAGGGUGGGCAUCCCGCGUCAGUGCUGUACACACCAGGGGGGGCUGUCUCAUCUGAUUCGGCCCUCUCCACUAAGCCCAUCGUGCCCACUUCCAAGAGCUCUGUGGAGGUGCUGACAUCUUCUCAAAACACAGAUCUGCCCAAAGAACCAGGUCAUAUCUGCCAGGAGGGCCUCAAGCAGGCCAUCAGUAAGACUUCUAAUGAACAUCCCAUCAGACAAACUGACAGUCAGAGGGUCAGUGGAGAGAAUGGUGUACAGGUUGCAGUGCCAACCCUCCAAAACAGUGUCUCAGGACACCCACCUGAACGCUGUGCAUCUCCCCGGACUUUGGUCCGCCCCCACAGCAUAGCUGAACCCUAUACAACCCCACAUCAUCAUGAGGAAGAGGUGAGUGUAACCAGUCACAGCCCCCAAGCUAGCAGAAGAACGGUACAGAGACUACAGCCAGCAUCCCUGCCUGUUCAGAGGAGUCAUUCAGAUAGCAUUCCUCUUGUUAAACAAGGCCCCCAGGCUUCACAUAGUGAGGCUUGUGGGCUUGCUUAUGGGGGAGAUUACAGUAUCCAAGAGGCUCAGGGUCACUCCAUACUAGCCUGUAAGCAACCCAUGCAGCUGCAGCACUGCAACAUCGUGACCACGGCUUGCCGAGGGCCAAACAGCGGAGGAGGCAGUCCAACGCAGCAGCCUCAGGGUAGCUGUGUCCACCCUUGUGCAGUCCAGGCUGCCAACAAAGUCGGAGAUUUCGAAGGAGAGGGCUGCCGUCACCCUCAAUGCAAAGAGGCACUUUGCUGCGACUCUUACAUCCACCAUGGCAAUCUGGAGGAUACAUUUGCCGCCUACUGCCACCCUCAACCCAUCCCAGCCCCUGCCCAGCUGCUGCCGCACAUGGCAAGCAUGGAGGCUGGCUGCAGGGUCCAGUGUGCCGUGCUACCUCAUUCAACGACAAACAUGAUCGCCCUGCCUCGCCUGAUGUCAUCCGUCAGCGAGACGGGCCUGGAUGCCAAACGUCUGCUUCGCUGCUGCAACCUCAGUUGCUCUUGGAUCAGCUCUCUUCACCCUGGUGGCAUGCUGCAAACCCAGAAGCACAGCGGGGUAGAGGAGUGCUGUAGCAGCCCUGUCGGCAGGACCACCACCACCACCACCAGGGACAUGGGAACUAUGACAGCCCACAAAGAGCUGAGGGAUGUUGGGGUGCAGACAAGCCGGACUAUCUCAGAGCCUGCUCCCCUCCAACUCCAGCCCCAUGUGUUCCCUCAGAUCUGCUUAGUGGAGGAGAACGGAAGCGAGGCGACAUGUAACCAGAGCACAUCCAUGGAGGCUGAUGGUGGCAGCCGGCAGGGUGGAGCCCAGAAGACCCCGGUGAAAGAGGUGAAGUGGGAUGCAGAAGGGAUGACGUGGGAGGUGUACGGGGCCUCUUUGGAUCCUGAGGAGCUGGGCCUGGCUAUUCAGAAGCACCUGGAGCUGCAGAUCAAGGAGACGGCAAGUCGAGCCACCAAACUCACCCGCCAGGACACCAACACCUCCUGGCAGAGCGGUAAAACCCGCUGCCAGAGAAAGAGGAGCAGGAUGAUGAGCUCCAUCCGAACCCCGGCCUGCUGUGCUCGCAAUUCUACUGCUGUUGACUGACCAACCAACUGAUGACAGACAGGACUGAACCUGAAUACUGUGCUCAGUAGUCGACAUGGCUACUGGUAUCCUCAGCCUCAAAUGUCUCCCAGCUCAAAGAGUGUUCAAAGGUUAAAAGGACACAUAAGGAAAAUGGCCUGCAUACCAGAAUCAAUGGACAUUUGCACUGGAUUCAUAUAAACAUUAAACACAUGAAUGUUUAUGUUCAAAUUAUAGUUUGCUCAUGUGAAGAAUUGCUCCAAGCAACCAUGACAGAAAGCACUGAAAGGGAAACAAAUGAUAAACAACAGACUUGUGUCCACUGUAAAUCAAGGCUUAGGUUAUCCUCUCUUGUCUAUGGUUCAGUGUUUGUGUGUUGAUUUCAAUAGUAAGGCUGUGCAAUGCAUUCAGCUGUGUGCUAGCAGUGUUCUGAGAGUCAUAGCAAAUAUAUAGUCCAAUCAGGUUUAUUUUAGUAUAUGACUAAAUUGAAGUCAGAGCAAUGACAAUUUUAACUGACAAUAGGGUGUGAUAGACGGGUCGAAAUGCAACUGGAAUGAUAUUUAAGCCUCUGAAAAUCAAACAAUUUCCACUGUGAAGCAUAAGCUAAUACCAUAAUAGGGAAUAAUGGGGGAAAGGGGGAGAGGGGGGAGGUGGAUCACAAAGGGUUAGAAACUUUGCCAGAUAACUCUGAGAAGGAUUGUGUUACAAUUUGGUGAUCUCUGACUCCUAUACAGAGGCAUUAUGCAUUCACUUGAAGAAAAAAAAAAUCUGCCUGUUUUUCAGUAUUAGCUAGAUAAUUAUUUCAGAAAUCUGAGACAAAUUUUCCCGAGGGAAAAAUCUGCUGUUUUUAUGAAUUACCAAAAUAUGUACUUAAUUCUGAGAAAACAAUAUGGGGAUCAAAUGCUCUGUUUUUGUUUUUGUUUUUUUUCUCAAUUAAAAACACAAUUAUCUCAGAAUUCUGAGAAAUGGUUUAUGGGGGUUUAGAAAUGGUUUUUCCAUGAUAACUUUCCUCAGAAUUCUGAGAUAAUUAUCUUGUUAAUUAAAAAAAAAAAAAAAAAAAAACACCAACAGUUUUUUUUUUUUUUUUCAUGAGCAUUACACCUCUUUAGAAUCAUUCAAGUAUAAGGGUUAGAAAUAUGACUGGGGCCUCUGAAAUGUUAAUUAGUAGUAAUAAACAUAAUUUCAGAAGAUAUUAUAACAUUUUUUGAAGUUAUCUGGGUAAUAUGACCGUCCUGCUUUUGGAAAUACCCACAAUUUCUGGGCAUCUUAUUGCUGUUUGUUACUCCACUUUCUGUGAUUUUCAUGUUUUAUCUUUAAUUGAAGAACUGAGGAAUUCAAUUAUGGGAUUAGAAAACGCUACAGUCCUUGAAUUUAUGUAAGUGUUUUCAAAGCCAUUUGAUACAUUGAAAAAUAAACAGCAGGCAAGUUGAAAAUAAUUCAUUUUGGAGAAACAAGGUUUUCAUC